AUGGCCGUCAGCGGCACCAACGGCUUGAUGCAAAACGCAGCCUACCAACAAGGACCUGUUCCAGUCCAUACUGUGACUGUGCCGCGCCGAGUCGUGGUGCCCCUCGUGCCUACUGUGACUUCGCCAAGAGCACCUUGCUGGAUGUCGGGUUCUGUACGUCAAAGCAUUACAUCCCCGGCGCUGCCAGUGCAUCAAGGUCCUUUGCUGGCCCCGACAGUCCAGGUCCGGGCUGCUGGAGUCUCCACGAAGGCACCAAGUGGCACUGUCACUGCCAGCGGCAUGUUGGCGCGAGGGCUCUGCCGCCAAAGCACCGGGGACAACCUGGCCAACUACUUCAACCAUGGCCGAAGGCGUGUCACGGAACCGCCACCGAAAGUGGCGGAAAGAAGCCCUCGAAGCCCUGGGCGCCGGGAACAUGGUGUGACGUCGCUUUGCCCGGAGGCAGGUAGCAGCGUCGAGGUGCCACUUCAGCCAGCGUCCCCACGGGGCGCUGUUCAGGCGUGGGGCCAGGUGGAGGCCCCCGGCCUCACACGGCGGCCAACCCGGCUCCAUCACGGGCCGAACCCUAUGGAGCUGCCGUCGGAGGUCGGAUCACAUAGGAGGAUGAGUCACGGCGAGGCUCUCCAUCUGCAAGAAGCUUGGGACGCGCUCAGGGAGACUCUGAGUACUUCACCUUGCCGCAUCCGGAGCCCUGGCAUGCGGAGCCCUGGGAGCGUUGGGAGUCCUCAGCGGGCCCUCUCGAGCGACGCCGCACACCGGCUGAGUGCUGGCGUGAGGUCUUGUCUGGAUGGAAAUCAUAGUGAGGGCGAGGAUGCGCGACGGCCGCGGCCGCGACGCCGCACGCAACAGCAAAGCACAGGCGCAGUUCGCGGGAUGCAGCUGCAGUUGGUUGGCCCGGACGUGCUGGAAGAAAACCCUUCAGGGGAGGAAUCGGCCGAGGGCUUUCCCAAAGGCCGACGUGCAAAGGAGAGGCGGCACCUUUCUCCCAAAGCCGGAGAUGGUGGCGGAGAUCUUGCCCACGGCCUCAAGUCCGCAGUGUCCACAAGUGAGGACACAUUGGGUUUGAAAAGGCGCGGACGGCGCAGCCAGGGAGCCCAGGAACGAUGCUCCCGCAGCCCUGGUCCGUGGGAUCCUCUACCCGAGGGUACACGCAAAAAAGAUGGAUGGGGCAGGUUCACGGCACGCCCACCGCCUUCCUCAAGCAGUGUUCCACGUGCUCCAUAUGGGACGGACAAGGACCUGAAACCAAGGGUGCCGGCGGUGCGGCGGCUCCAUUCUGCGCCGCCCUUGCCAUACGGUUCUGACACGGACGUGCCUCCACCGAGUCCACCUCCGCGUGGCGGAAUUCCAUUGGGGCUCAGCAUCCCCGAGAUACCCGAGCCAGGUCCGGAUGCUUCGACUGGGGGCAGUGGCGGCGGCCGCGGCGAGGCGGCUGUAGAACCAGAUACCGGUGGCCCCGGGAGGAUGUCACCGCUGUCUGCGCGGAACUGGCGGCCCGCGCUGGGAAACAGAUUGAAGACUCCUCCUCGAGCCUCUUCAGCAGACGGGCACCGCUUCGGGAAAUCCCUGAUGUCGUCCACGUUCGUUGAGAGGCAGCGACAGUCGAGUAGUCUCCGAGGUGGUGCCCGGCGCUUGUCUUCAGGUGGAAAUCUUGCACCCCAACUCAACCGGAAGCUCUCUGACCAGCCCAGGACCUGUUUUCAGCCCAGACCUUCAGGCCUCCGGACGAGGUUGAAGGACGCGGCCAAACCUUCCGGUGAAUUAGAUGAGGCCUACAACAAGUGCCUUCAGUCCAUCAGCGAGGAGAUAGAACAACUUCAGUCCAGGUGCUUUCGGAUUGAGCGGGAGGUGCGGAAGACGCGCGAAGAGAAUGGCAUGCUCAAGACUUGCCAGCCCCAGGAGCUAGCCGACUCCAGCUGA